AUGACGACAAUCUCGAAAGAUGCUCAACAGAGCUCAUAUCCGUAUGUCAAGUACGAUCGCUGUACUACGCGUCCGACUGACGACAAGUGCCGCCUUCCAGUCNCGAUAGCCCCGCCAGACUUCAAUGCACAUCAACCAAAGACUGUCAGGCUUUAUCCUUUGAGCAACUACACCUUCGGCACAAAAGAGACUCAACCAGAAGAAGAUCCAUCCGUCCUCGCCCGUCUGAAGCGCCUGGAAGAACAUUACGAUGCAUACGGCAUGAGGAGGACUUGCGAAGGUAUCCUCGUAUGCCACGAUCACAACCACCCCCACGUCCUGAUGCUACAAAUCGCGAACGCCUUCUUCAAACUUCCUGGAGACUACCUACCACACGACGCCGAUGAGAUUGAAGGUUUCAAGAUUCGCUUGAAUGAGAGACUUGCUCCUUCAGGCAACCAAUUCUCCAACGACGGCAGCGAAGGCGAAUGGGAGAUUGGCGAGACUCUUGCCCAAUGGUGGAGACCCAACUUUGAGACUUUCAUGUAUCCCUUCAUUCCUCCCCAUGUCUCGCGACCAAAAGAAUGCAAGAAGCUAUACUACAUCCAACUACCAAAGAGCAGUACGUUGCGCCCGUCUUCCCUAUGCGCCGAGCAAACGCUAACACAUCACUCACAGAAGNUCCUGAGCGUCCCAAAGAACAUGAAGCUACUUGCUGUACCACUGUUUGAGCUCUACGACAACGCUCAGCGCUACGGUCCCCAGCUCUCUGCCAUUCCUCAUCUACUAUCCCGAUACAAUUUUGAGUUCGUUGACGAGAACGGCAAGGUGUCAGCCGUGACACCAGGAGGUAACCCAAACGAAGGCAGUGUGCCAAAGACAAAAGUACUCGCAGGCGGCGACGAAACUGUGCAACAGGAGAACGGAGCUGAGCAGGACUCAAAAAUGGAAUAG